GACGCUAAUCCAAGCGACAGCCGAAGCUGUUUUCUGUCUCUCUCUCUCUCUCUCUCGUGGGUGUGUGUUGGGGGGGGAUUCCUGGAUGGAGUUAAGAUGGAGGACCAGAUCGUUAUAAGGAUGUAAAUGAUCGCAGAGAGGCUUCUUUUUUCUGGGGGGGGCAUAUUAAAGAAAACAUUCCCGCAGCCCCCCACCUCCCUCCCUUCCUUCCUUCCUCCUGCCCGGACUUAUGGAGGGUGUUACAACACUACAACAUGCAUAGGAAAGGCAAUGGAGAGCUCCCUUUGCCGGAUGGUUGGGAAGAAGCGAGAGAUUACGACGGUAAAGUCUUCUACAUUGACCACAACACCAAGCAGACCAGCUGGAUCGAUCCCCGCGACAGAUUCACCAAGCCCCUGACGUUCGCGGAUUGCGUGGGGGAUGAGCUCCCUUUGGGUUGGGAGGAUGCGUAUGAUCCUCAGAUUGGCAUCUUCUACAUUGACCACAUCAACAAAACUACCCAGUUGGAGGAUCCACGGGCACAGUGGAGGAAAGAGCAGGAGCGAAUGCUGAAGGAUUACCUAAUGGUGGCACAGGACGCGCUCAGCACUCAGAAGGAACUCUACCAAAUUAAGGAGCAAAGGCUGGCCCUAGCCAUUGACGAGUACAUGCAUCUCAAUGAUGUAUGGAAAGACAAGUCCAGUUCCCGGACCAGUUUGUUCUCAGGAUCUUCAUCAAGCACAAAGUAUGAUCCUGAUAUCCUCAAGGCAGAAAUAUCAACCACAAAGGUCCGGGUAAACAAGCUGAAAAGAGAACUUUCCCAGAUGAAACAAGAGCUGUUGUACAAAGAGCAAGGGUUUGAAACACUACAGGAAAUUGAUCGAAAGAUGUCUGGAGGACAGAGCAGUUAUGAGCUGAAAGAGGCCAAAGCCAUCUUAAGUGAGCUGAAAACCAUCAAGAAGGCCAUCAGUACUGGUGAGAAAGAGAAACAGGAUCUGAUGCAGAGUCUUGCAAAACUAAAGGAUCGAUUCCUUUCCAGCCAGAGUGUGGGAACCUUCGAGUCAGAUUUGUUCUCCAAUCGAACCAAUUCACACCUCUCUACCUCCAGGCAAUGCCUAGAUGCAGGCUCACAGACAGACAUCACUGGUGAUUUUGGUCCAAGGAGCCGAGCCAAUCUGGCUGAAAAAGUCAGGUUGAGUCUUCAGUAUGAAGAGGCAAAGAGAAGAAUAGCAAACAUAAAGAUUGAAUUGUCGAAGCUGGACUCUAAUGUCUGGCCAGGGAUGCUUGAUGUUGAGCGAGACAAGCUGAUGUUGAUUAAUGAGAAGGAAGAACUGCUGAAGGAACUGCAGUUUGUGACCUUGCGGAAAUACUCCCGGGAUGACUUAAUGCGACUGGAAGCUGAGAGGAAGCGGUUAGAAGAGGAGCUGCAUUCUGCACCGAACACACCCAGUGAAGCACUGGCUGAGAGACUAAAAUUACAUGAGGAGAGGAAAAGGCUUGUGCAGCAUCUUGAAGAUACAACUCAACUAAUCAUGUAUCUACAUUCCCAACUUAAAAGCUUUUCAGCAAGCACACUGUCAGUGUCGUCUGGGAGCAGUCUGGGGUCUCUGACGUCCAGCCGAGGGUCACUCAACACUUCCAGUAGAGGAUCUCUAAACUCGCUCAGUUCCACCGAGCUUUAUUACAACCAGUCAGAUCAAACACCUGACCUGGAUUACCAGUACAAACUCGACUUUAUGCUACAGGAGAAAGCCAGCUACAGUCCUUCAGGGCCCAUAACCACCAUCCAUGAGAACGAGGUGACCAAAUCCCACAAAAAGCCAGCCUUUGAGGACUCCACUGAGUCCUCAGCUUCGGGACUCGCUGUGAAAUCCUUAGUUGAGCCUCCCAAAUCGGUAACCUCGUUGUCAUCCAGGUCCUCGCUGUCUUCUUUGUCUCCUCCCAGCUCACCGCUGGUCUCGGAUGCAGCGUUUCUGUCUUCAGCGCAGGUGUCACCUUUGCAUCACCUCACGGCCGACAUCCAAGACUGUGAAUUGCACCAUGGUUUCUCCAGUCUGGGCCUCCACGGCAACAGUGACAGCCACGUACUGCUGCAGCCUGAGCAGGCCAGUAGGACUCAGCCACCCUACUUGAGCAUUGUGUCUGACAAUCAGAGCAGAACUGGACCGUACCUGAAUGAGGUUACAGGCCUGAACGAUGAAUUGGCAGUCCCUCUUUGUACCCUAAAUGAAGGCAUUGCAGGUGUUGAUAUACAGGGAGGAGCAGUGAGACAUGGUGUCGAAGAGAAAGCAGCAUGUGUCUCUGCUGCCGUUUCUGAUGAAUCCGUGGCCGGGGACAGCGGGGUGUAUGAAGCUUCUGUCAAACGGCCAAAUGAAAGUGAAGAUGCCAUUUAUGAUGAGGAUGAACCUUCCACAUUAGAGUCAACUCAAAUCCAAAUAGGACUGAAGUAUGAUCCCACCAGUGCAAGUUUUAUCAUAAUCGUCGUGCAACUGCGGAAUGUGACAGCUCUCCUUGUGCCACCUGGAUGUAAAGUAUACAUCAGAGCUGCAUUGCUUCCAAGCUCAUGUGAUUCCAGCAGUCUAUUCCGCACAAGGAUUCAUAAUGUUGCAGAGAUUCUUACCCUCAAUGAGGUUUUCAGGGUAGCUAUUACCCAAGCUGCUUUACAUCAGAAGACACUGCGAGUUGAUGUCUGUUCUGUGGGGAAGACACUGUUGGAAGAUUGCCUGGCUGGAACCCAGAUUAGCCUGGCAGACUUCUCCACCCGUGGGGACACCUUAACAAGCUGGUACAAUAUGCUACAUUACAAGAACAUGAACAUUCAUAAUCCAAAGAACAAAGCACAAACUGAGGAAGUUUCACUGAGACCCCGGCCUUGCAGCACUACAGACAAGCAGGAUGCUGUCUCUGCAUUGCUGGAGAGGACAUCUGUUGAACUGCAGGCGGUAGAACAGGAACUGGCUAUAGAAGAGGAAGAGGAUGCUGAAGCAGGCGAACACUGGGGGGAAAUGCUGAUAGAGGAUACCUUUGAGGCACAGGAAGAAGCAAGUGGCAUGAACAAAGAGUCAGAAGUUGAAGAGAUUGCAUCGGGAUUGAUUUUAUUGCAAGAAACUCCCCCAAGUAUGACUGAUGACGAAAGAGGUGGGGUGAUGGAGUCAGACACAUCGCUGCCAGUGCUGGUUGACAAAGAAAUGAACACAGAAGAGGCUAUGGUGGAGUACAUGGCUGUCAGGCCUAAGGACAAGUCCAAUCUGAACAAUAGGCAAAAGCAUUUUGUGAGGAACAGCAUGAUUGUAAGAUCCCAAACAUUUUCUCCAGGAGAAAGAAAUCAGUACAUUUGCAGGUUGAAUCGAAGUGACAGUGACAGCUCAACAUUAGCCAAAAGAUCACCUUUUGUGCGCAAUGCCAUGGAACGACGAAGCUUGAGAGUUAAAAGGACUUCCUGCCAACCAGUUAUGAAAAGAGCAGCAGAGCACCCUAUUCGAACCUCCCUCGACCUGGAGCUGGAUCUUCAAGCAUCACUAACGUGGCAUAGCCGUCUGAAUGAUGAGCUACAAGUACUCAGGGAGCUAAAGAAUAGGUUGGAGGAGGUGAAAGCGAAAGGGGAGACUGAACUGCCUGUGUGGGUGCUGGAGGAUGAAAGGUUCCAGAGGCUUUUAAAACAAGCAGAAAAACAGGCUGAACAAACAAAAGAAGAACAAAAGCAGGAGUGGAAGGCUGAGAAACUGAUGAGAAAGGCUACAAAGGAGGUGUGCAGGCUACGAGAGCAGAGCCAAAAAGUGCCGCUACAGGUCCAGUCAUUCAGGGAGAAGAUUGCAUUUUUCACCAGGGCGAAGAUCAGCAUCCCAUCAUUACCUGCUGAUGAUGUAUAAUUAGUUUAUCUUGUAGAUUACAAAGUACUUUUCAGCACUUUAGCAGAUUUUAAUAGUUGGCUAGCUAAAAUCUUUUCAAGCUUUCUGGCGAUAUAGUAUGAUGUCUUUGUAAUAUAAUUGUAAUUGAAUACCUCUGUAUGUAAAAAAAAGUGUUUUUCUUUUGUCAGUGAAAAGCAAAAGCAGUGUAAUUCUAAAGCAGUCAUGCUAAUUUUGUACAGUCCGUAUGUUUUUUUUGGUUUGCCUUUAUUUUGUAAAGAUGGAACACAAGCAUGGUAGCAGAUCAAAAAAAAAGGUGUAUUCUGUUGAACAUCAAUACGUUUUGAAAGAAAAGCUCUUUGCCCCUAACCACACCUCACCUGUUCAACAGAAUUAAUUUUAUUCUUUGUGAAUGUUUGCGUAAGAUCAGACUGUGAUUGCGGUUGUGAGCCACUGGAUAUUUUUGUACAAGGGGUGUUUUUUUUUAAAAUAUGUUGUUGUUCUUGAUUUUGUGACAAUGCUUUCUGAGACCAAGCUUGCACACUUCAUCUUGCACCUAUGCCUCAGUUAUUUUUCUCCUUCCCCCAUCGCUCCUGCCUCUCCCUUCCCUCACCUCUGCACAGGUUGGAAUGACCUUGUGACUGGUGAGCCUAGAAUGUCUUCCUAUGCAAACAAUACAGUAUUUUCCAUCAAUCAAUCUCAUCUGUUUAAGUUUUUUUUAUUUCUGGAGCUGAGGAGGUAAACGUCACACCUCUUUGACCUUGCGAGAGAGUGUGUUUGCGCUCCCGAUAUCACUUCACCCUCCAAGUACUGCUUUUAGUUCCGGGAUUUUGAAUUGUGUAUGUCUGACUGGGAAAUGUCAGCAAGUGUUCCUAAAAUUCCAGCGAUGAAUGUUAUGAAGGGAAUUGUGAGUCUUGAGGGCCAAUGAUUGGGGAGCAUCUAUAUCGUGCCAGUUGAAAAAUGUGUGAUUUAAGUGUUUUAAGCAAUUUAUGAGUGGUUCCCACAGACUAUCCAAAACAAGGAUAUCCAGUCUUGAAAAUGCACAGAUUCUUUUUUGGCUCAGUGAGCCUAUGAAACUGUGCAGCACAGACCUGGAAAACCCCCAGGCUCCAUUCCCCUCCUGUGCUAAAUGAGCUGAUCUCUCCUAAACCCGCAGUUGCAGGGACAAUAAUUAUCCUCACUGCAGGGAUACAUAAUUCCUGGUUUCUAUCCUGUGACUUCCUACUGAUUGGAAAGUGCAAUUGUGUGCUUUUGAAUGAAUAGACUCAAAUUCCCCUCCAGCAACAUCAUUUUUUUUUCAAAUCUAUUCUUUCAUCAGCUGUGGGCAUCUCUGACAAGGUCACUUCUUGUUGCCCAUCUCACCUCACCUUGAUCUGAAUGGUUCAUCAGGCUGCUUUAGAGAAUAGUUAGGAGUCAGUACACUCCUGUGUAGAUCAAAUAGAUAAGGAGAGCAGAUUUCUUUCCCUGAAGCUCAUUAGUGAACCACAUGGCUAAUUACAACAAUCAAUGACUGUUUCUUGAUACAAAAAUAGAAAUUGCUGGAAAAGCUCAGCAGGUCUGGCAGCCUCUGUGGAGAGAAAACAGGACUUAACGGUUAGGGACAGUGACCCUUCCUCAGAACUUUCCUCAGUCCGUGUUUAAGGAGCAUAAGCCUAAGAACUGAGUUCUGAAGAAAGGUCAUGGGAUCCGAAACAUUAAACCUGAUUUCUCUUCACAGAUGUUACUGAGCUUUUCCAGCAAUUUCUGCUUUUGUUUCUGAUUUCCAGCAUCCACUGCUCUUUCGUUUUUCUUAUAUAGUUACUUGGCCACAGCUCUCAAUUCCACAUUGAAAUCAGAUUUCAUCAAGUAAUGUGGUGAGAUUUGACCUUGUGUCUUGAGAGUAUUGGCUUAGAUUAUUAGACCAGUGAUAUUAUCACUAAGCUACCAAACAGGUAAAUGAUCUACCAACGAUCACUGUCCAGGCUGACACAUGACUAGUUCAAUAGAGCUGCAUAGGAGCUAUCUGCAGACCUUGGUACAAGUUGAUGGCAACAGGAAGGAGCAAAGAAAAUUGAUAAAGUGGUGAGAAACACAUUAAAAACUAGAGUUUGACUUUUAUCCCUGCAUUAAUGCAAGAUUUUACUACAGCUCUCACAAGGUUAGCAUAGACCACUUUUAAAAGCACAUAUAACAAAGGUAUUUGUUAAUAUUUGGCAGUUAAGUGUGAUUUAUUUUUUAAACCAGUCCAUGUGAAGAGUAAGGUAAAGACACCAUGGUCCUGCUGUCUCAUUAGAGAGAGAAUUGGUGGUAGUUUAACCUGAUGAUCACCAUACCUCAGAUGAGGAGAAAGGUUUUUGUUCCCCUUUAUUCAUUCACAAGGUGAGGGCAUCACUAGCUAGGCAGCAUUUAUUACUCAGAGGGCAGUAAACAGUCAACCUCAUUGCUGUGGGUCUGGAGUCACAUGUAGACCAGACCAGGUAAGGAUGACAGUUUCCUUCCCUGAAGGACAUUAGUGAACCAGAUGGGUUUUUCCCCUGAUAAUCAGCAUGGAUUUAUGGUGACCAUUAGAUUCUUAAUUCCAGAUAUUUAGUGAAUUCAAAUUGCACCAUCUGCUGUGGCGGGAUUUGAACCCAGGUCUCCAGUUCAUUAUCUGGGUCUGUAGAAUAACAGUCCAGUGAUAAUGCCACUAAGCUGUCAUCUCCCCAUUGAGAAGGACAGUCUUUCACAGCAAUCUCAGCUGGUGUAGGAAUUGAACUCAUGUUGUUAGCAGCAUUCCACACUGCAAACCAGCCAGCCAGGCAACUGAGCUACCUCACCGUGUGGAACUCAUACUGGUUUUGGGAAAGCAAAAUUUUGGAGUUGAUGAUUAUUACAUUUUGUCUGUCCCCUAUGAAAUAUUGAUGUAUUCCAAUUUCUCAUUAGACUUUGGACCCUCUCUCCCCAUUUUCCUGAAGUCUAUUUCAGACUAAAUAAAAGUAAAAUAUGACCAAAUGUCAUUUGAAGCAAAAUAUUCACAUGUAAAAUAAAAAAUAUCCAAGGAAUGCAGUUGAGCAGCAGUUUCCAUGAACAAUCCUAACUUUUUAAAAAGAUAGCUCAUGUGAUGUGGAAGACACUGACGAGGUUGUGUUUAUGGCCUGUCCAUUAGCUAUGGUUUGUAUGACUGAGUGUCUUACUAGACUAUUAAAUGUCAGUCAUUAUGAGAGGUCCAGAGGCCCUCAAAGGCCAGGCCACCAGGCAGCGGCAAACUCCUAUUCACUGAAGAGGUUUACACUGGAUUGUAACAACAUUCUGACAGAAUUCACAGCCAGUUUCCUGAUGUCAGCCCAAUUAUUAAAUCCAAAAUUUGUCACAACAGAAUUUAAAACUCAUGACUUUGGAAAUGAUAAUCUGAACAAUCACUACUAUAUCACUAUAACACAAGAAUCUAAGUAUAUUUAGUUUAAUACAAAGAUGGUACUUUAUCCUUUGAUCAUCCAUUAUUUUAUAGGUUAUAUAAUUAACUAUUCUACCCUACUGAACAAAACAAGGUUAAAAAACAAACCCCAAAAAAUGGGUUGUUGUAAUCUCUUCUAAUCUGCAGAACAGAGGGAGAAUUACAUACAGUGAAAUUGUAAGCAGAUUCUUUUUGAAUACAUUUACAAUAUUGUCACAUGCAGUCAAUCUCUAAUGCCCCUCCCUCCCCACAUUGGGAGGGGCAGGCAGGGGAAGGGGAGGAAAAGAUGUAUCCUGAAAGACAACAGCAUUAGACUCACAAAGCUCUAACUUUCUAUCCCAGAACAAAAGAUGUCUGAGUGUAGAUUGUAUUUGUGGACAGGCGGUGAUAGGUUUUCCAAAUACCUUGUUAAAUAUUGUGUUCUUUCCAUGAAGUUGUUAACUAGUUGAGCGUACUGUUUAGUCAUGAAAUGUCACAGCGCAGAAUAGAUCAUUUAGCCUAUCAAACCUACGAAGCUGUUUUAUUCAAUGAGAGCCAAUUUAUCAAAUAUCACUCUGCUUUUCUCUACCGUACCUUUUGAUCUGUUUUGUACUCCAACAGUUGAUUGAUGUAUUGCAGCAGACCAAACGACACACUGAUUUUUUUUUCUCUCAUGUUUAAUCUGAUGUAAUAGUUACUUCAGGUACAAACAAAGACUUAGCCAAGAUCUAAUGACAAAUGAGCAAUCUCUUGAAUUUGGCUUUUCUGGAAAAAAAACUGGACAUUUAACUUCUCUUAGCAAGUACCAGCUGGACAGAACUGGAGACAUGAAUUGAAAUGUUGUGAUGAGGGAAACUUGUGUCCCUCAUGGUGUUCACUCAUGUGUCAGGUUACUUUAUAUUUCUGAGAUUGUAAAAUGCUUUUCCUUUGGAUGAACGCCAUCUUCUUUCACAUAUUAUUGCCCUCAUUUCCCAUACCAACAUUACUUUUAUUGCAAGAUCAUCCUUGUUUGUUAGUGUCUUGACUCGUAUUUGACUACUAGAAGGUGCGCCAUUAACAUCUUACAAGGUUGACAUUAAGCUGGAAAUUCUGUGACUAUUUAAUGCGGAAUUAAAUGAAGGAUACUGUUUCAGCUUGCAUGUGUAUGUCUGAUAUGUAAAAAACAAUGAAGUAUUUACAGUGAUAUUCUUAGAAUUUUGCUUUUAAGCUUCCUGUUUAUUUAUUACAGUCUUAUUUAUGUAUUGUUCUUUGUGGUUCAGUUCUGGACAUUUUUUUUAUUCUUAUUAAGACUGCAGUUGGCAUAUUCUGUUGCUUGGAAUUAUUAUUGUUAGAACAGCCAAGUAUGUUCAAAAAGAAAAGAGCAAUUCAGUGGAUUAGUGGUCACAAUCUUGUCAGUCUUAGAAUGUGCUUUGUAUUUUUCAAAGCAGAACAGAGUUGAAUCUCUGUGUGAAUAAAUAGUUCUAGGCUGGAGUUAACAGUCUGCUCUUUUUUUGCCGGACCUAAUGAUUCUUUUGUUAAAGGCCUUAUAAGUAGCCUUCAAUUGUUAACUUUGAAAAAUAAUCAGGAAUUUUGAUAUUAGGGCUUAACUUAUGAAGUAGGCUGUUUCCAUUAUAAAACACGAGGCAGCUGGUAGGCAUUCAAUAAAGAAAUCAUUGAACUUAAAUUUCUUGACAUUUAUAUCUAUUUUUUGGUAUGACACAUUUUUAUAAAGAGUUCUUAAUCUUUGUAUACAUCUAUAGAAGUAUUAAUUUAUUUCCUGCAUUCUACACACUAAUGUGAUAUUUAAGUGUAGAUGCACUGUGGUAAACCAUUAUAAUAACCAGUACAGUGCUAAUGACUGCAAUUGAUUUUGUUGAGUCUUUCCAUGUCUUUUUUCCCUGUAUAAAAAUGAAGAAAAAGUUGUUGUAAGGUAAUUUUAUCUUUCAUAUUGAAUGCCUGUAAAAUGAAUAUAAAAAUGUGAGUUAUGCAGUCAUAAUCGAACAACAUAGCCUUAUCAAAAGAUAAAUCUUUCUGGGGUCUUUAUUCUAAGCACAAUUUUGUGGUUGAGAGAACAAGUGCAUCUGUUUUCAAAUGCUCAGAACUGAACUAGCUAGCUGAACAUGUUUCCGUCAGAUUAUGGCUCUCAUUCUAAUUUUAGUUUCCCUGUAGUGUACAAAUAAACCAUCACGUUGAGUAUUGUGGUCAAUGCACUUUUCCACAUGUUUCAGUGAUUAAUUAAAGAAAAAGUAAUUUUUG